AUCUACGUUGCAUUCAUUCUUUGCACUGAUAUUGCUGGGCGUGAUAAUUAUUGUUUAAUCCUCGCUUCGCUUGACACUAGGACUUAGCCUUAGGUUAACUUUGUUCCUAAUUUUGAUCUUCAUGCUGUCUUGAUCAUCGUACGUAAAAUGGCUAGUCAAAAAUAUGAAUUCACUGUGGAAAUGACCUGUGGAGGUUGUGAAGGUGCUGUUAAAAGAGUGCUUGGUCGUCUAGAAGGAGUGGAUAAUUUUGAGAUUAACUUGGAACAAAAGAAGGUUUAUGUGAGUACAUCUUUAUCAAGUGAUGUUGUACUUGAGGCUCUUAAGAAGACUGGAAAGGCCAUAACAUUUGUUGGAACAUGCUGAGGGAUAUUUCAAAAAUGUUCGAGGUAGCUUGGAUUGCUUUAGUCCUGCCAAAUUCACCUUCGAAAUCCCUUCGCUAAUGUGCCACAAUGAGAUUAAAUUGAAC